AUGACGAGCGACGAUGCUUUUAUUCCGAAUGCGAGUGCGACGACUGCUGAAAAGAAAAGAAGGUUCGAUACCAUCGACUUCACGACGACUACUACCACGAAUACCGCGUCGUCCUCCUCUUCGCAUUUAUUCAAAAGAGGCGGCGCCAAAGCGACGAAAUAUUCCGAACUUCUCGAACGCGAGAAACCAGACGCGAAGUUACCCACGAGAGAAGAGCUGAGAGUGAAAACGACCGAACAGUCCAAGGAACAGUUCGAUCUGCUCGUCUCCGCGUGGUCGAGAGAACGGAAAGCGUCGACGAAUAACAUCGCGGUAGCAAUAUGGGACGAGAAGUUGAAACUGGCGAAAGUGGUGAAACAGAAAGGGAAGUCUUUGUCCAAGUUUGGGUAUUCCGCGGCGGCGGCGAACGGGGCGACAAAAGAGACGGGGGCGAAUGCGGCGACGGUGACGACGACGACGAUUGCAUCGUCCGCAGAUAACGGUGGAGGGGCGGUGUAUUUGUUCCCCGAGGAAGUCGCGUUCUUAGUGGAAACGGAACGGGUGUGUUUGUUUUGGCAAGCUCGAGGUAAAGGUUUAGAACCGGCGUCGGUGAAAAGCAUACACGAGAUGUUGGAGGAGUGCGGGGUGUCGAUGGAGACGUACGUGACGUACGCGCAGUUGUGUAGGAUUGGGUACGUGGCGAGAAGAUUCGGGGCGCCGUGGGUUGUGCCUGAGCGAGUAAAAGCGAACGCGAGGAAGAAGAGAGAAAAUGAGACGUACGUUCAUCGGAUAAUGGCUGGGGAAGGGGAGUGGGUGUUUAAAGGGGUUGACAACAACAACAACAACAACAACAACGACGACGACGACGACGACGACGACGGUAAAAUGGAACUCGACAAUCAUACCGUAAUCGCUGAGAGCAAGGAAAGAGACGCAGACGCAGCGAUGGAAGAAAAAGUAGAAAUAGACGACGACGAAGCGGUAGAGAUUGUUCAUCAUCCGGGCACUCGCCCGUGGUUUCAUUGGUCCGGUUCAAAACACCACCCGUGGUUAGGUCCGGAAAUCCACGCUUCGUACGCUCAAACGCAAAAGGUCAAGCUAGAGGAAAGAAGAAAGCGAGAAAAGGAGAAAGAAAAGCUUCGACGCGAGAAAGAAAAGCAAGAAUUGAUGAAAAUGCGCGAAGGUGGGGGUAAAUGGCCAACCUUUGACGUGUGGCGACCGAAUGGAAAUUUCAAGAAAUCAGGCCCGGGCGAACCGGACUUUCGAAUCGCGGUAUGUUCCGAGAGACCGCCGCAUGGCGAAGAAGCGGAACUCUUGUGGAAACGCUCGAAGAAUGUCAAGAUAAAAAUCGCAAACGUGGAAAGCGGAGCAAUUAUGCUGUUUGAUCUAGAAGCAGGUUUAGCGCGGUGA